AUGGAUGCUGUUACCAUUUUGGAGAAGUAUUUCGAAUCCAAGGCUAAUGUUGAUGAUAUACUUAACUUAAAGGUCGGAAAGAAGUUAUUCCCAAAAGAUACCGACCAGAAUAGUGUUAAUAAAGUGUUACAAUGCUUACAACGAGAUAGACUGGUGAUUAUGGAUACCAUUAAGAAUAAUAUUCGUCAUGAAUUCUCCGUACCUAUCAAGGAUAUUAUAGGAGAGAUAGAAGAGUUUGAUGAAGCUAUACAAGACACUCAUACUGUCAAUCUGCUAUUACGGAAGUUACAAGGAGUGGAAGGGACAAUGAGAUCUCAAUGUGACAGUCUAGAUGUACAGAUAGACAGUGUAACUAAAGACAUAGAGUUGUUGAACGAGCAACUCAAGCAAAUAGAGGGAGACCUGACCUCCAUAGAAGAUGCGGUGAAGGCAGUGGAGUUAUUGGAUGAAAUAAUUCAUCCAGUAAAUACUCACUAA